GACGGGACUGACUUGACAGCAGCAUCUCAUUUUUAGCCAGUCACCAGCCCCUUCCCCAGAAUGCCUGUGUGUGUCUAGCCUCUGAAGAGAGGUACUCCUCCCGGAGCCCCGGCGGGCCACGGAGCUUCCGAGAUUCUGGGGAGGAGACUACCAGCCAUGUGCCCCUGCGGGAAUCUGCCAAGGAGCCAGGGGCCUGGAAUCCGCUCUCUCCUGCUGCUUCGGAGGCAGAGGUGAGCACCGGGCGGCCGGCUCCAACCCAAGGUGCCGGGAACCCGCCUGUCAUGGUGGCCGCCCGCAGCCAGCCUGAGGCGCUCCCAGACGGGUUUGCAGCUGAGCCUGUUUAUCUGGUGUGGGAAGAAGAUGGGGAGUUACUUGUCUGUCCCGGCUUACUUCACCUCCAGAGACCCCUUUAGGUGUUCUGAAUGCCAGGAAUCCCUCACCAACUGGUACUAUGAGAAGGAUGGGAAGCUGUACUGCCACAAGGACUACUGGGCCAAGUUCGGAGAAUUCUGCCAUGGGUGCUCCCUGCUGAUGACAGGGCCAGCCAUGGUGGCUGGGGAGUUUAAGUACCACCCAGAGUGCUUUGCCUGCAUGAGUUGCAAGGUGAUCAUUGAGGAUGGAGAUGCAUACGCCCUGGUGCAGCAUGCUACCCUCUACUGUGGUAAGUGCCAUAACGAGGUGGUGCUGGCACCCAUGUUUGAAAGGCUGUCUACGGAGUCUGUCCAGGACCAGCUGCCCUACUCUGUCACACUCAUCUCCAUGCCUGCCACCACCGAGUGUCAACGCGGCUUCUCGGUGUCUGUGGAACGUGCCUCUUCUAACUAUGCCACCACUGUGCAAGUGAAAGAGGUCAACCGGAUGCACAUCAGUCCUAACAACCGAAAUGCCAUCCACCCUGGGGACCGCAUCUUGGAGAUCAAUGGGACCCCUGUCCGCACUCUGCGAGUAGAGGAGGUGGAGGAUGCGAUUAAGCAGACGAGCCAGACGCUUCAGCUGCUGAUUGAACAUGACCCUGUCCCCCAGCGCCUGGACCAGUUACGGCUAGACACGCGGCUUCCUCCCCACAUGCAGAGCGCCAGACACACUCUCAUGCUCAGCACCUUGGACACCAAGGAGAACCAGGAGGGGACCCUGAGGAGACGUUCUCUGAGGCGCAGUAACAGCAUCUCCAAGUCUCCUGGCCCCAGCUCCCCCAAGGAGCCCCUGCUCCUCAGCCGGGACAUCAGCCGCUCUGAAUCCCUCCGCUGCUCCAGCAGCUACUCCCAGCAGAUCUUCCGGCCCUGCGACCUGAUCCACGGGGAGGUCCUAGGGAAGGGCUUCUUUGGGCAGGCCAUCAAGGUGACUCACAAAGCCACAGGCAAAGUGAUGGUCAUGAAGGAAUUGAUUCGCUGUGAUGAGGAAACCCAGAAGACGUUCCUGACUGAGGUGAAAGUGAUGCGGAGCCUGGACCACCCUAAUGUGCUCAAGUUCAUCGGUGUUCUGUACAAGGACAAGAAGCUGAACCUGCUGACCGAGUACAUCGAGGGAGGCACACUCAAAGACUUCCUGCGCAGUGUGGACCCGUUCCCCUGGCAACAGAAGGUCAGGUUUGCCAAAGGCAUCUCCUCUGGAAUGGCCUAUUUGCACUCCAUGUGCAUCAUCCACCGGGACCUGAACUCACACAACUGUCUCAUCAAACUGGACAAGACGGUGGUGGUAGCUGACUUUGGGCUGUCACGGCUUAUAGUAGAAGAAAGGAAAAGGCCUCCAGUAGAGAAGGCCGCCACCAAGAAACGCACCUUACGCAAGAGUGACCGCAAAAAGCGCUACACUGUGGUGGGAAACCCCUACUGGAUGGCCCCUGAGAUGCUGAAUGGCAAGAGCUACGAUGAGACGGUGGAUGUCUUCUCUUUUGGGAUCGUGCUCUGUGAGAUCAUUGGGCAGGUAUAUGCUGAUCCUGAUUGCCUGCCCCGCACACUGGACUUUGGCCUCAAUGUAAAGCUUUUCUGGGAGAAGUUUGUUCCAACAGACUGUCCCCCAGCCUUCUUCCCCCUGGCUGCUAUCUGCUGCAAACUAGAGCCUGAGAGCAGACCGGCAUUCUCAAAGCUGGAAGACUCGUUCGAGGCACUCUCCCUGUUCUUGGGGGAGCUGGCCAUCCCACUGCCAGCAGAGCUGGAAGAACUGGACCACACUGUGAGCAUGGAGUACGGCCUAACCCGGGACUCGCCACCCUAGCCCUGGUCCAUCCCCCUGCAGGGGGACAUUCCACAGCCAGCAUUGCCCCCUCUGCGCCCUGUCCUUGCUGUGAGCAGGACUGCCUGGGUUUCCUGUGGAUUGACGGCUUGCUUAGAGGCACAAGCCAUCCCUACUACCUCCCCAGGAGGCACGUGGGUGCAGGGAAACAAUUCUCCGACAGUCUUGGGGCCUAGUUUCUAUCUGUAAAUCCUACACUCACCUGAAAGCUGUGAAGAGGAUAAAAGAGCCUGGAUUCUAGACCAAGAGUCUGUUACUCGGGACCUCUGUGGAUUGAGAUUCUGGGAGACUGUAGCUUUACACUAAUCAACAUGAUCUAGGCCUGCUGGGCAAAGUGACAGAGUGAACUGGCCUGAGGGCUCUAGAGUCUGGUUCAGCAAGGUGCAGGACGACGCAGUAGUAUGAGUUACAGAAACGGGGAACCUUCAAAGCAUGUGAAAUGACAGUAGUGCUUUCUCCUUCCAUCCCGGGCCAUGCCCUUUGGAGCAGGUUUUGAAGAGUCUUAGCAUGUGGUGAAACCUACAGAAUCCAAAAAAGGACUGGUCUCUCUGCUCACAGCCCAGGGACCACAUCAAUGCGUGUGGAGUUUCCACUUCAGCAUCCUGUCUCAACAAGCAGUCACUCACAAAAACACCAAAGAAGCUGGGGCUGGAAACAGGCCCUGCCCUCUAAAAGCCCUGUAUCCAGGCUGGUGGGCUCAGUCCAAAACUCAGCAUGUUGCCUAACAGUACAUGGGUUCUGGAUGCCAGCAUGGUUUGCCUCAGACUUUGGGUCUAAGCAGAGAGAAGGGGGUCCCAUCAAUUUCUUUGCACCCUUGUGGCAGCUACUACUACACAUCCUCUAGAAUGUCUGGGCCAGGCAGCAACGUAGGACAGGCAUUGGUGGCUGCUGAGUCCCCAAACUGAGAUAGGAAAAGAACACCCUGAGCUGGGCCUUGUAGAUUCUACCUCUUUUGUUGCUGGUCCAGCUUGCUUCCUGAGCCGCACUCGAGGGCUAUGGUCAUGGGAAUCUAUGGGGGCACUUUCCACCCCUGGCUACCAGGUGUCCAGGGACUCUAUAGCUUACCAGGGUUUGUCAUCUCCUAAGCGGGAGCUCACACCAUAUUUAACAAAUUGGGGAUGGGUUUGAUUAUAAAUACGUGUGAUGGGUCAUACUGGUGAGGGGAUCCAGAAAGAGUGGUUGCUGUUAUUAGCUUUUAUCUCUGGGGUGAUAUGUGAAAUAUUUUGUACAUAGACAAGAUGAAUUAUGGGAUGGAAGUCUUUGGCCACUUUACUUGCUGUGUAGACUGUACUUGUGUGUGGAGUUUGCACACUUGCUGCAGAGGGAAUCCUGAACUCCCAACGGGCAUGGUUCAGCGUCAUGUGACUUAUGCUUGUGCUGUCCCCAGCAAGUGUGGGAGUGGGGCCUGCACUAGGCCAAGAAGCAGACUAAAUAAAUUAAGCAGUUACCAUAGUGAUGA